AUGUACGCUGUGGUGCAUGUUCCAGUCAUACUUCAAUCCGCUCUUAUCUCAACCGGCCCUAUUUGGACUUACUUGCUCGCACUUUUUUUUUAUCCAGAGAGUCAGUCAGCAUUUUCCCCUAUAUUUUUACUGGUUAUUGCUUGCACAGCUGGUGGAGUGGCUCUUGCAGUGAUACCACAAGCUGAAAGCCAUCGUAAAAAUGAAUAUUUUAGUCCGCCCUGGAUUUUAAUAUUUCUUUUGGGGACAAUAUUGUAUCCAUUUUACAAUGUUCUUCAAGGUCGGUUUUUGAACGAAUUUCGGGGAGGCUGCUCACCAUUUACGACUAAAGUAGUCAUGCUAACAUGCGAAACAUCCGUACAGCUCGUUUUUACACUGACGUAUUUUCCACUCGAUGCUGCUCCUUUUUUUGGAAAGUGCGCUUCUUUACAGGAAUCUUGGGAUAUGCUUAUGGCCAGUCUAAGGUGUGUAGCUGAAUGCCCCAAUAAUGCUAUUUAUAUGACUGUUUAUGUUCUGGGAUUCUGGAUUCGCCAUGCCGUAUUUGCGUACAUGAAUGGAUAUUCUCCAGUUGUGGCAGCGGUAACCAGUCAGAUGACGCAGCCACUCAACACAUUUAUUUUAUUGAUCAUCCCAUCCUGGAAUGUAUUUGGCGCAAAGGCCCUUUGGUAUUACACACUUGGCUGCUUUUUACUUUUACUCACAUCAACUGUCAUUUUUGUCGUGUGGCAUUUGUUGAAUCGCCCAGUUCAUCAGGAGGAAUUGGGGAUGGCUUCAUUUACUGUGCUUGAGAAUGCAGAGGAUAAUAGUGAUGAAAAGGAGUGA